AUGCUAUUUGGUAUCAAGUUGGCCAACGAUGUGUAUUCUCCUUGGAAAGAUUCUUAUAUCGAUUAUGAAAGGUUGAAGAAGUUACUCAAGGAGAGCGUCAUACAUGAUGGCCGCGGUGCCGUCGACAAUUGGUCUGAAAGAAAUGAAUCAGACUUUGUUGAGGCCUUGGAUAAAGAGCUAGAGAAGGUUUACACUUUUCAAAUAUCCAAAUAUAACGCUGUCUUGCGAAAAUUAGAUGGUUUAGAGAAAGAUACGAAAUCCGUUGAAACAAUCAAGAGACUUAACUCUGAACAAUUUAAAAACACUUUAGAGGAAUGCUUAGAUGAGGCGCAGAGAUUAGACAAUUUUGAUAGAUUAAAUUUCACCGGCUUCAUCAAGAUUGUGAAGAAACACGACAAAUUACAUCCAAACUACCCUUCUGUGAAGUCACUUUUGCAAGUUAGAUUGAAAGAACUUCCUUUCAAUAACUCAGAAGAGUACUCUCCCCUGCUGUAUAGGAUUUCAUACCUUUAUGAGUUCUUGAGAUCAAAUUAUGAUCAUCCAAAUACGAUGUCUAAAUCAUUAGCAAGUACUUCCAAAUUGUCUCACUUUUCCAAUCUUGAAGAUGCUAGUUUUAAGAGUUACAAGUUUUGGGUUCACGAUGACAAUAUCAUGGAAGUGAAAGCAAGAAUUUUGAGGCAUUUACCUGCCCUACUUUAUGCGUCUGUUCCGAACGAAAAUGACGACUUUGUUGAUAAUUUAGAAUCAGAUGUCCGCAUGCAACCUGAAGCGCGCUUGAAUAUGGCUACGAAGACUAAUAGUCUUUUGAGUGAUACUAAUAGUAAUGAAGAUGUUGAGAUUGGAAAACCAAAGAGCUCUAUUUUCCCACAAUCAUAUGAUCCAACAAUCACCACACUGUAUUUUGACAAUGAAUUUUUUGACUUGUAUAAUAACAGACUGUUGAAAAUCAGUGCUGCGCCCACGCUAAGGUUGAGAUGGAUAGGUAAACUACUGGACAAACCUGAUAUCUUAUUGGAAAAGAGGACUUUCACGGAGAAUACUGAAAAUGGUAACUCUAGUUUUGAAGAAAUCAGAUUACAAAUGAAAGCCAAAUUUAUCAACAAUUUCAUCUUCAAAAACGACCCCAACUACAAAACCUAUUUGAUCAACCAAUUGAGAGAAAGAGGUACUCAAAAGGAGGAUCUAGAAAAAUUAUCCAGAGACUUUGAUAACAUUCAAAGCUUCAUAGUUGAAGAAAAGCUGCAACCAGUGCUAAGAGCUACUUAUAAUAGAACUGCUUUUCAAAUUCCUGGAGAUCAAGGUAUUAGAGUCACCAUCGAUUCCAACAUCAUGUACAUUAGAGAGGAUUCUUUGGACAAGGAUAGACCCAUCAGAAACCCAACCAACUGGCAUCGUGAUGAUAUUGAUUCUAAUAUUCCUAAUCCAUUGAGAUUUCUAAGACCGGGAGAAUAUUCGAAAUUCCCAUAUUCCGUAAUGGAGAUCAAGGUCAUAAACAACGAUAAUUCCCAUAUGCCCAAUCAUGAAUGGAUCAAAGAUUUGACUAAUUCGCACUUAGUUAACGAAGUUCCCAAAUUUUCUUUAUAUUUACAAGGUGUGGCUUCAUUAUUUGGUGAAGACGAUAAAUAUAUCAACAUUUUACCAUUUUGGUUGCCUGAUUUGGAGACCGACAUCAGGAAGAAUCCGCAACAGGCUUAUGAAGAAGAGAAAAAGACUUUACAAAGGCAAAAAAACAUUCAUGAUAAACUUGACAACAUGAGAAGAUUAUCCAAGAUCUCACAGCCAGAUAGAGCGCCUAUUGAGAGGAGACAACAGGAGCAAAGAGAUCCGAGUAUUCACCACAUUGUUGUUGAUUUAGAAGAUCACGAAUCAUCAGAUGAAGAAGGUACAGCAUCCAAAAAAUCUGAAGCAAAAAAGGGGAAAAAAUUCAAAACAAAUGCAGCUUUUUUGAAAAUUCUUGCAGGAAAAAAUAUUUCAGAAAAUGGAACUGAUCCUUACUCUGAUGAUACGGACGCUGCCUCUUCUAUUCAACUGCCUCCGGGAGUUAAGAAACCAGUUCAUCUCUUGAAAAACGCUGGUCCUGUCAGAGUGGAAGCAAAAGUUUGGCUUGCCAAUGAGCGUACAUUCAAUAGAUGGUUAAGCGUAACCACAUUGUUGAGUGUAUUGACGUUUUCUAUCUAUAACUCAGUUCAAAAGGCCGAAUUUCCACACCUAGCUGAUUUGUUAGCUUAUGUGUAUUUCUUUUUGACCUUGUUCUGUGGGUUAUGGGCAUAUAGGACCUAUUUGAAAAGAUUGACUCUCAUUAAAGGUAGAAGUGGUAAGCAUCUGGAUGCUCCCAUGGGGCCCAUUCUGGUUGCCCUUGUGUUGAUAGUCACUCUAGUUCUUAACUUUAGUGUAGCUUUUAAAGAAGCGGCUAGAAAGGAAAGAGAAUUGAUAAACGUUUCCUCUCAAUCUUCAUUACCAAGUACUCUGAAACCGAUUCAAGAUUUUAUCUUUCAUCUGGUUGGAGAAAAGUAG